AUGAGUGAAAAACCCAUGAGUAUCGAAUUUGUCAAUAAAAAAUGCGGUGAGAGAAUCACAAGCUUAGUUAACACACUAAAAGGAUCAUUUCCUGACAAAUACGAAGUUGUAAAAUCUGUUGAAGCAGAUAAAAUACUUAAUAAGUUGGAAGAUUCACCAGGAGAAGUAUUUAAACCAAUACUAUCGGCAGAUUUUCCGGCCUUAGAAACAAAGUUACAGAAAUUUGACUUGCCAUUGCAUUCUUGUAGCAAAUACAAUUAUUAUUUUACGCCAACAGUACCUAAAAAUUUACUUGAUGAAGCUCCAAACGAUUUUACUCACGAAAAAAUGGAAGUUCUUUCAGAAUCACGUCAAGAACACCAAAGAUUACUUUGGAUUUAUCAAGAUCGAAUUACAUAUGAGCAUAGCUCUCAUUCAAACUCUACAUUUCAUUCACCAUUCAAAAGUGCAAUAGAUUUUAUCGCUAAACAGCACGAUUUACCGAAGAUUCCAGUGCCUGAAGCAGAUCCUGGAAUUGUUCAAGAAAAGGUUGACGCUCAAAGGCGUAGGAUGCAAUCUUUAUCAAGCCAUGUUAUAAACAAGCAGAAAAUGCUAGCAAAGAUGAUAAAAGAUCGUGAACUGUUUCAACACGAAUAUUCUAACAUUCUUGAUGAACAAAAGAAACCUGUUAAUGAACUUCAGAUACCAUUUCCUUUUGCAAAACUAUUUGACGAAGAUUCCAAAAAAUAA